GCCUCAGGCUCCCAAGUGCUGGGAUUACAGGCGUGUGCUACCAUGCCUGGCAUUUUGGCACUUUGCAUGGUGCAAAGGAGGGCAGUGGAAGGCAAGGGGAGGAGGCUGGGCAAAUGGUCUCUCCUUAAUGGCCAUUUGACCUUGGGUGAGUUCUUAGAACCUCAAUUUCUCUAUCAGUGAGGGAAAGAGGACGGGAGUGGACCAGAACGAGGUGCUAGGAGCCUAGGGUUCCUCAGGCCCACCAGCUUGGACAAUUUGGACUCACUGACCGUGGGUGGUGGUGUCUUUACUGAGGUCCAAGGUACCAUGGAAAGUGGACAGAGAGUGUCUCGAACAGGCCGGAAGCUGGGCUCCAGCCGCCGGCGGCAGAUAAGAGAGCCAGCUGAUGACAAAGACGCCCCUGUGGCUCCAGAGCCCGAGUUCUGGUCCCCUCAAGCUGCUGCAGAGCUACAGGACUUCUUCCAGGACUGUGGCGCCAAGGAGAGGGGCUAUGUCACCCGAGAGGACCUGGCGGAGGCCAAGUUCAGCUUUCUGGGCAGCGAGGAAGAGUCACAGAUGAUCUUCGACUGGGUGGAUAUGGAGCAGAGGGGUCGCCUGUCCCUGGAGGAUUUCAGCUCCCGACUCAAAAACAUCUUUGGCUCCAGCCUAAGCACCCACAGGCUCCGCAGAAGGCGACCACUACCCUCUCAGCGCGUGUCUGCCACCGCCAGCUUUCCAGCACUGGAGGAGGCUGACACCAAGGAGAAAGAGGCAUUCCUGGUCCUCAUGGGGCAGUUGGGGACCAGCCACCUUCCUGAGCAGGCGGAGAUCUGGCGGCUGUGGGGGGAGCUGCGGCAGGAGGAGCCCCGGCUGGCAGGCAAUCUGGAGGGCUUUCUGGCCAAGAUGAGCCACCGGCUGCAGGAGGCCAGGGCUGACAGGGAGGCGCUGGAGCGGUCGCUGAGGAAGCGGGACUCCGACCACAACCGUGAGGUUCGGCAGCUGUACGAGGAGAUGGAGCAGCAGAUCCACCGGGAGAAGCAGCAGCUGCAGGCCCAGAGUGACUCCAGAGGCCUGGUCCUCAGCAUCCGCAUGCAGGAGGUCCUGGAGGCCAAGGAGCGAGAGGUGCAGCAGCUGGCUGAGGGCCAGAAGGAGCUGGAGGCCCAGAUCCACCGCCUCGGCACCAUGCAGCAGGAGGCUGACUCAGAGAACCAGCAGCUUCGGGAGGCUGAGCGUGACCUGGUGGGGCAGCUGGAGAAGGUGCGGGGACAGCUGCAGGUGACUAGGGGGCGCCUGGAUGCCUCCAGGGGUCGAGUGGCCUGGCAGAUGGAGGAGGAACCCAGUGUCCCCAGAGCAAGUGAGAAGACCCCAGACCCUCAGGCUGUCCCCCCUGAGGAGGCCCCGCUGCCUGGGCUGUUUGGGGACAAUGACGAUUGGGAUCAGCUCCUGAGUAGCUUCAGCAGCCCUCCACACAGAGCCCCUCAGCUCUCCUGGAGCCCACCUUUGAUCUCAAGAGCCGCCUCAGGCCCCCAGACCCCCCGUGUGGUCAGGCAGGUCUCCAUCUCAGAGUCACACACUCUGCCGUCUGGUCAGGAGCCAUCUUUAGAUCCAGAUAGGUCUCCAAGUAUCUCCCCUGGGGAGCCUUCCAGUAACAAGGAUGAGAAAGGAGUGGACCCUGAGGGACAGGCCACCAGUCCUGAGCAGCCUAUCAAGCCCCAUGGCCUGGAACCCAACAAUGAGUCAGGGACCACCAAGGCCCACUUCCCCUGGGGUCUCCCGGGAGCCCCAGCGGGGGAGUCAGGAAGUCUGGUGGAGGAUGGGUUCACUCCCCGGACCCCAGCUGGGCCUGGCAAACAGAUCCAGGCUUCAGAGCCGGAUGACAAGGGCCCUGGGCCUGGGUCUGCCCCAGACAAGCCACCCAGGCAGGGAGAGGCCCUCCAUCUGGACCUGCCUGCUAAGGACUCUGAGCCAGGCCCAGAGUUGCAGGGGGCUGUGACCCUCUCAGAGCCUUCACAGGGCCUGGACCCUGUGGGUCAGGCUCCCACAGAGGGGCAGGCGCAGCCACCUGGGGGAAUACGAGAAGCCCAGGGCCUCGCCCCACAGAGUCUGGAAGAGGAGCCCAAGGCUAAGGAAAGAAAAGUAGGGCAGGACCUGGGGUCAGAGAAGGCUGCCGAGGCUCUGGAAACUGGGCAUCCGGAAUCCCCCCAGAAACAUGCUCAGCCUGCUCCUGUCCCAUCUGACACAAAACAGGCUCCUACAGAGGCAGACAUGCCUGUUCCCAGCACGCCGACCCCUCCAAGGGGCUGCCCUCAUGGGGCUCAGCCUGAGGCAGCAGGAGGACCCCAGGAGCCCACACAAGCCCUCCCCACCCUGGCUGAGUCAGAAGCCCAACCCAGGCCUCCGUCCAUGACAGCUCAGGCAGAAAGAGAACCCAGCCCCGCUCAGUCCAGGGAGCCAGGGGCAGAAAGCAGGCCAGAGGUCCCAGGCAAGGCCUCGGGGGAGGCUAGGUUGACCUCCCCAGAGGACAUCAGGGGUCCAUCUGACCCCGACUACCUCUUCCAUGUCAUCUUCGUGGGUGACUCCAACGUGGGCAAGACCUCCUUCUUACACCUACUGCACCAGAACACCUUCGCCGCAGGCCUGGCGGCCACCGUGGGAGUGGAUUUUCGGGUGAAAACCCUGAUGGUGGACAACAAGUGCUUUGCACUGCAGCUGUGGGACACGGCUGGCCAGGAGAGGUACCACAGCCUGACGCGUCAGCUGCUCCGCAAGGCCGAGGGCGUGGUGCUCAUGUAUGAUGUCACCUCCCAGCUGAGCUUCAGCCACGUGAGCUACUGGCUGGACUGUCUGCAGGACGCAGGGGCAGACGGGGCAGUCAUCCUUCUCCUGGGGAACAAGAUGGACUGUGAGGAGGAGCGGCAAGUGCCCACUGAGGCUGGGCGGCAACUGGCCCAGGAGCUGGGGGUGUCCUUUGGGGAGUGCAGCGCUGCUGGUCACAACAUCCUGGAGCCCAUGGUGAACCUGGCUCGGUCACUGAAGGCGCAGGAGGACCGCAUGAAGGUCUCGCUGGUGGAAGCGGCCCCCCAGAAAGCCAAGAGAGCUGGCUGCUGUUUCUGAGUCCCCCCUGGGGUUCCUGUCCCUCUCUCCGUCUUGCCUAUGUCCUGGACACAACAACAGAGAGGCCCAGCUUAACCAUCCAGGCAAAGCCCCCUGAAAU